AUGGCGUCCGAAUUCCUCCAGAAUGUGCCCCUCCCAACCAUUGAUCGCCCAUUUGGCGUUCACUUGUGGCCUAUCUUUGAUAAGGGCUUCGAGCAGGUCAUGGGCUACCCUGCCAGCGAGUUCAACUUCCAGGAGGGUGUCACGCCUAUGUCUACCUUGAAGGAGACCGCCAUCAUGCUCGUGACAUACUACGUUAUCAUUUUCGGUGGCCGUGAGGUCAUGAAGAACCUCCCCGCUUUCAAGCUGAACACUCUGUUUAUGCUCCACAACCUGCUUUUGACCAUCAUCAGUGGUGUCUUGCUGGUGCUCUUCCUCGAGCAGCUGAUCCCCACCCUUUGGAACCACGGUGUUUUCUACACCAUCUGCGACCACAACGGUGGUUGGACUCAACCCCUCGUCAUUCUGUACUACCUCAACUACCUCAACAAGUACUGGGAGUUCAUCGACACCCUCUUCCUCGUUCUCAAGAAGAAGCCCUUGACUUUCCUCCACACCUACCACCACGGUGCCACCGCUCUCCUGUGCUACACCCAGCUCAUCGGUCUGACUGCCGUUCAAUGGGUUCCUAUCACCAUCAACCUGCUGGUCCACGUUGUGAUGUACUGGUACUACUUCCAGAGCGCUCGUGGAGUCCGUAUCUGGUGGAAGAAGUACAUCACCAUGCUGCAGAUUCUGCAGUUCGUCAUUGACGUCGGCUUCAUCUACUUCGCCUCUUACACCUACUUCUCCUCCGCUUACUUCCCCUGGGCUCCUAACAUGGGCAAGUGCGCUGGUGAGGAGUUCGCCGCUUUCGCUGGUAUCGGUAUCAUCACCUCCUACCUCUUCCUGUUCAUCGGCUUCUACAUCGCCACCUACAAGAAGGAGGUCAAGGUUGGCCGCCCCCGCAGCAACACUGGCAAGAAGUCUCUCAUCGACAUGCGCAACUUCGAGAUCCCCUCCCCUGCUGGUGCCAAUGGCACUGCCAAGCCCUCCAACGGUGCUGCUGUCUCUACCGGCCGCUCCAACGGCCCGGUUACUCGUUCCCGCAAGGCCUAA